AUGGACAAUCUAGUAGACAGUUUUGAAUUUGUAUCUCUUGCCUUAGACUCAAAUAAAAAACCCCUAUUAUUUAUCGAUCUAUAUGUCCAGAACUCCCCGGCAGAACCCCUCAGAACACUCAUAGACUCCGGAGCAACAUCAAAUUUCAUCUCCCCCUCCGUGGUAGAAAAACUAAAAAUUCCAAAAACCCAACUCGAAAAUCCACGAGUUGUUCAUCUCACGGUCUCGGCCAAUGGCCACUCCCACUCCAUUCCCUUCCUUGUUUGCCCCAUAGGCAACACCCCGGCUAUUCUAGGCAUGACAUGGUUAACGGCAGAAGCUCCUCUUAUUGACUGGCAACAGGGAUUAGUCACAUUCCCUGAACAGAUACAGAUUGCCUCCAAAGAAGAAGCGGACCUAGAUCCUCUAGCAGAUCUCCCCUCUCAAUACCAUGAGUUUGCUAGAGUAUUUGGCAAAGAAGAAUUUAAGGUCCUCCCCCCACACAGGGAGUAUGACAUAUCCAUAGACCUGGUUCCAGACGCCAAAUUAUCCCCAGGUCCCUUAUAUGGCAUGACAGAUGCGGAAUCCAAGGCACUCAAACAACACAUUGAUGAAGAACUAGCCACAGGCAAAAUCCGCCCCAGUACCUCAUCUGCCGGAGCCCCUGUCAUGUUUGUCAAAAAGGCUGAUGGUUCCCUUAGGCUUGUUGUGGAUUACAGAAAGCUCAACAAAGUUACCCACAAAAAUGUCUACCCUCUCCCCAGGCAGGAUGAUCUCAUGGCCAAAUUACGAAAUGCCAAACUGUUCACGAAGCUUGACCUACGCUGGGGUUAUAACAACGUCAGAAUCAAAGAAGGAGAUGAGUGGAAGACAGCAUUCAGAACCAAAUACGGGCUCUUUGAAUAUCUGGUAAUGCCUUUUGGCCUCACCAAUGCCCCAGCUGCCUUCCAACAUUUCAUGAAUGACUUGUUCAGGGAUCUAAUCGACGUCACAGUGGUCAUUUACCUGGACGACAUCUUGAUCUUUUCAGAAAAUCCAGAAGAGCACCCUAAUCAUGUCAGGGAAGUCCUGUCGAGACUCAUGAAAAACCAGUUGUUCUGUAAGCUGUCAAAAUGCCACUUCCACGUAACCAUGGUCGACUAUCUUGGCAUUGUCAUAUCGCCUGCUGGGUUCUCAAUGGACCAGAAGAAAAUAGAAGCGGUCACAACCUGGCCCACUCCUAAAACGGUCAAACAAGUUCAGGCUUUCCUAGGCUUUGUCAAUUACCUCCGCCGGUUUAUUCCCAAUUUCAGCUCAGUCGCGCGCCCCCUCCAUAACCUCACCAAAAAGGAAUCCCCCUGGUCAUGGGGCCCCCUAGAAGAAGAAGCUUUUCAGGAGUUAAAACACCUAGUUACUCGGUCACCAGUACUUAUCCAUUCCAAACCGGAUCUCCCCUACUACCUUGAAACAGACGCAUCAGGGGUAGCCAUGGGAGCAAUCCUAAGUCAACAAGGAGAGGAUAACCGCCUUCAUCCAAUUGCGUAUAUGUCCAAAUCCUUCUCAGGAGCCAAAGCCAACUACGAUACCCAUGACAAAGAGCUUCUGGCAAUCAUCAAAGCCCUGGAGGAAUGGAGGAUCUUCUUAGAAGCCACGGACAAACCAGUACAGGUGUUCACAGAUCAUUGCAACCUGGAAUAUUGGAUGCAGGCAAGAACCUUCAACCGGCGUCAUGCUAGAUGGCGUGUAUUCCUGAGCAAUUUCAAUUUUGAGAUACAUUAUUGCCCAGGAAAACAAUCAGGAAAGCCCAAUGCUUUAUCUAGGAGAUCAGAUUACACGGAUAAGCCCCAGGAACCGGAAGUUAUGCUACCAGCCGAGGUAUUUGCCAACACAUCAGAAGAGGAACUUGAAAUUGUCACGGAAAUACGCUCCAAGCUAAGGGAAGAUCCAUCCCUUGAGCCUAUCAUCCAAUUCCUAACUGAAGACGUGGAUAACGCUCCUCCCUCCAUUUGGAAGGCUUACAAGGAUUACGACUGGGAGGAAGAUCUACUAUGGUAUCAAGGGAAACUUGUGGUCCCGGACUCAGAAGCCCUGAAGGAACAAUUACUCAGGGAAUUCCAUGACUCGCCACUAGCGGGUCACCCAGGCCAGCAAAGGACCUUGGAGCUCUUGAACCGCAACUACUGGUGGCCAGGAAUGAAGUCAUCAACCAAGGAAUGGGUAGAAUGCUGCCCCACUUGUCAAGCCAAUCGUUGUGCCCACAACCCGGUCAUAGCCCUAAAACCCUUAGAAGUUCCCCCCUUUCCAUUUCACACCAUCUCCUACGACUUCAUCACGGGUUUUCCCAAGUCAGAAGGACAUGAUGCAAUCCUGGUAGUUAUUGAUUUGUUCUCCAAGUUAGGCCACUUCAUCCCUACCUCAAAGAAGGUGUCAGCAAAGGGUUUGGCUGAUCUCUUUGUCUCCCACAUCUGGAAACUUCAUGGGCUCCCCGUCAAAACAAUAUCAGAUCGAGGGACUACAUUCACAGGGAAAUUCCUUAGGGCUCUCUACCAACAAUUAGGGAUUAAACCUUCCUUCUCCUUGGCCUAUCACCCUGAAUCAGACGGCCAGACGGAACGUGUCAACCAAUUCAUCGAGUUCUACCUAAGAUCUUACGUAGCAGCGGAUCAUUCAGAUUGGGUUAAGUGGUUACCACUUGCGGAGUAUGCCUAUAACAACGCCAAGCACUCAGCUACUGGAAAAACCCCAUUCGAAUUAAUUUAUGGCAGAAACCCAAUCAUGAAUCCGUCAAACAUUCCUGCAAACGUCCCAGAAGCAGACCUUGUGGCAGAUACCUUAGCCAGGGAAUGGAAGGAAGCCAAAGCAGCCCUCAGAAUGAGCAAAGAACGGAUGACAAGGGAUAGAGGAACAGUCCCGGAAUAUUCAAUAGGGGAAAAAGUCUGGCUAGAUGGGAAAAACGUAGAACUUAGGACAAAUUCCAACAAGCUAGACCCCAAGCGACUAGGUCCCUUCGAGGUAUUAGAGAAGGUAUCCAGUCACGCGUACCGCCUCAAACUACCAGAAACUCUUAAAAUCCACAACGUAUUCUAUGUGGGUUUGCUAUCCAGGGCACACAUAUCCCCAAGUCAACCAUUUCCAGAAAAACCCCCUCCUGAAACAAUAGAAGGGGAAGAAGAGUAUGAGGUGGAGCAAAUUAUCGACUCCAAAAGACAACGAGGGAAAUGGUUCUACCUAAUCAAAUGGAAGGGUUAUGGCCCGGAAGACAAUUCCUGGGAACCGGAAGAACUCCUAGAGCACAGCCAAGAGGAGAUCCAACAAUUCAACAAGUCACAACUGAAAAAGGCUCGUGACUCCGCCAAGAGCCUUUAA